GCCGAGCGCUUCGCUUUCGUAUCGUAGUUGGAGUAGUUGUACCUAGCCGAUAGGCAUUAAUUACUUAGCGCUAAAUGUUGUGCUGAGUAUUGUUGUUCGUGUCGAGGUCGGUAUCCUAAUCGUACUGUGGUAAAAUAAAAAUGAUUACAGUGUUAUGUUUAGUGAUUAAAUGACAAUGUAAGUUGAAACUAUCGCUCAGUGCAGUGCUGUUCUACCUUGUUGUGUACUGGUGCUGAUUUAAAAUGACCGAGAAAAAUAAAUCGGAAAAGAUGACUAAUACAUCGAAACCUGUUCCCAUGAAACUUUUUGCCGCCUGGGAAGUGGACAGGACACCCUCCAACUGUAUACCAAGGCUCUGCACCCUGCGCGUGACCAGGCUCCGAGUAUGCGGCGCGUUGGGAGAGGCAGGAGGGGGUGCCGCAGGGGGCGCAGGCGCGGGCGCGGUCACCCUCGCGGCUCGGAUGCACAGCAGCAAACGAACCCUGCGCUCUAAUGACAUCACUGUACCUCCCAUGGAUGUGGAGCUGGACCUGUGCUUCUCGCUGCAGUACCCGCACUUUGUCAAGCGCGAUGGCAACAGGUUGCAGAUUAUGUUGCAGAGACGCAAGAAAUACAAAAACCGCACAAUACUCGGGUACAAGACGUUAGCUGAAGGCGUCAUCAGGAUGGAUCAGGUCCUCCAGCGUUCAAUGGACAUGGAAUUGGAGCUGACCAGUGUGGGCGGGAAAGUGGGUGCCGGCGCGGGGCAGCCUGUGGCCAGGCUCACCAUCACCGGCCUCGCCUCCACGCCCGUAGACCACGACACCAAGAACAACAAUACUCUGCUCAUAACCGAACGUGGUUACUCAGACGAGGAAGAAGAAGGGGAAUUCAGCUCCGUUGAAGAAGCGGAUGAGAUGACAUAUGGUGCUGCGGCGAGACGGCGAGCGCAUAGGCAACUUGCUUUCAAUAAAGGAGACUUAUCAUAUACCAAGCUAUCCCGCUCGCGAGAGCUAAGCUUCAUGGAGCGAGAGAGAAAGAUACAGAGCUAUAUUCGAUCCAAGGCGCACGACAGGGACAGCGAUAGCGAGCUGGAGCACACGGCCAAGCGCAAGGGCAGCCGCGGCAAGCUGGCGCAACGCAACUUGAAGCAGAAGUUCGCUGCGCUGCUGCGGCGGUUUCGCGUGCCUGAGGAGAUGGGCGAGCGCGGCGCCGCGCGCGACACGCACCAUGCGCAGCGGGACAUAGACGAACUGUUUCAGGAGUUAGAAUCGCUGUCAUGCGGCGAAGGCGAAGAUUCGGGGCCGGACCAGAUGGACACCAUCAGCAUCGGCUCCACGCCCAAGCCGUCGCUGCGGCCCUUCUUCAGCAGUUCACGCAGUCUGGCCAACCAGGAACAUCAUCGACAUUCCAACGUGUCGCGGCACGCCAGCCUCGCGUCGACCGCAGAGCUGCGCCCGCGCGACCGCCCCGCUGCGUCUUUCACAGCAGAAUCAGAAGCCAUCCGCAGCUCGGCGGGCGACGAGCGCGGGAGCGAAGGCAACAGCGACGGGGAUGCUACUCUUGACGCGCAAAUCUCUGGCGCCUCGGUUUCCAGCUCCCCGCCCAAUGAAACCAAGGUAAACUCUAAGGAGGAUAAGAGGUCAAGGCUGUUUCGAAGCGCAACCAGCGGUGGUAACUUAACGCCAGCGGCUGCGGCGCGGAAGAAGAAUUCGCUUGUCAUUGGCACUGAGAGGCCGCUGUCUGCACACGAUUUACCUGCACAGAGUCCUACUGCGCUUGAGCCUCGACGCACAAUGUUAGAACAAGUAAGCCGUAUCCUCGGUGAGGAAGGGCCGGUCCCUGAAUGCGUGGCGGUGGCCCCGAGCAGUAUGGCGCGGGUGUUCCAAGCGCUAGCGGUGCCUGUGGUGCUGGCGCCUCCGGGAGUCACUCCCGAUGUUCGUCCGCUCUUACACGCGCUGUUGGCUCGAGCUACUAAGCAGGGCGUCCGGCGCAGCGUGCGCGUGUGCGUGUGUGGCGGCGAGGCGGCGGCCGCGGCGGCGCUGCGCGCGCACGCCGAGCUGUCCGCGCGGCGCCACGACGCGCCCGCUCUGCGCUUCUAUAUCGUGCCCAUUGGGCCAAACACAGUAUCCAGGUGGUUGGGAGCAUCAGAUAACGCGUACGCAGCGUUAUUUUGCGGCGAAGCAUGGGCGUCAUUGUGCGAAAGGGCGGCAGAUCCUGGCAUGCCAGACAUCGCAGAGAUGUCCUCAAGGGUCGCCAGGUACCUGAACAGUAUAGGUCCAGUCAACAACAUACCGAUUGGAGAAGCGAUGGUGGCGUAUCGAGAGAAAUCAGGAGACGAAGAUUCCAGUCAGACUUUCGUACCUUUUGUUGCUGAGGUGAGAGUCGGUUGCGGAGAGGGCGGGCCGUCGUCGUUAGAGCUGGAGGAUGGAGGCUCCCCGCCCGCGCGGCCCUCGCCGCCCGCCACGCCCGCGCCGGCGCCCGACCUCGCGCCGCCGCUCGCGCUGGCACGCACCGAGCCGCUGGAACUGCAGCUGGACUAUUGGCUGGUGGGAGCUCGCUGCGCGGAGGGUGGCGGCGGCGGCGCGGAGGGCGGCGGCAAGGUGACGCUGAAGGGCUCGUUCCGCGCGCUGCUGGUCACGCGCCACAACCACCACCUCUGCAUCACCUACCUCACCAAGGAGAAGAAGCAGAAAAUAAUGAGGCUGGGUAAGAAGAAAGAGAAGAGCGGUGAGACAGAACCGGGUCGCGCACAAACCGUAGAAGGAGUCGCUCGACUCAUAUGCUCGGUCAAAGGAUCGCACAGUGCGCCGCUCAAAGUAUACAUCGACGGCACAGAAUGGAACGGCGUAAAGUUCUUCCAAUUGUCAACGCAGUGGCAGACGCACGUCAAGACGUUCCCCGUCGCCACGUGCGGGGCGCCGCUCGCGCCGCCCGAGACUUAGACGCUGACAAACCCUAACACUUGCGGUCUCCCUUGCUUAGGCUUCGAGCCUUUGAACAUAUGGUUCACGGUUCUUCGUGUCAGCUUUUUUAUUAAUAAACAUAUUGGUAGCGCGCAAGCUGAAGCCAUCCUUAGGAAUGCAGAAACUCAAACACUUGCGCUAUUCCUUGCUUUGGCUUCAAGCCUUUGGACUUUAUGUUCAUGACUUCGUGUCGGCUUUGACAAACAUAAUGAUAACGCGCGAGGUGAAUGCCAUCAGGAAUGACGUUACUGGUGUGAUGUGACCUAAAGACCUAGAGAUUUCGUGUUUCUAUUAUCUUAUUUGGUCGGUACUUGACUACCACGUGGCUGAAAUACUAAGCCUUGGUAUCCACCAGAGCAGAGAAGGAUGGAGUGGUGUUUAGCAGACCUAUCAGAAGAUUGUUUCAUGACGUGAUAAUUUUUCACGUCGUCUUACAAAUAUAAGGAGCAUUAAUCAUUAUUACAAUCUUAAUUUCAGAGAUUGGCUGAUUUUGUGGUAUUUUUGCUGCAACAAUGCAUUUUAUCAAAGCGCCAGCGGACAGAGGUUCAGCCAAUCAGAGGUCAUUGCGACUGUAACACCGGAGCUGUCUUUAUUGGGACUUCUGACCUUAUAAAGCUCGGGUCACGAUGGUAUUCAACUCGCGCGUCUUGUGUUCAUGUAUAUUAUGCGUGCACGACAACAUGAGUUUUGAACUUGGGGUCUACCAUACCAUUCUACAGUGCGCAAGAAAUACAUACAAAUAAAAUAAAAAGCUGCUGUAACGGGAAUCUGCAAAACUUAGCAGACGGGAACUUGGUUUUUGAAAUCUGUUUGAAAUGGUUUUCAUGUUAUUGUGCACGCAUAGGUACAGUGGGUGUCCACUUUCUGUAAAGUCGGUUUUUGAAGUGAAAACUUACACGAUUUUGAGAUGGGUUAAAACUUCAUGGUCGCGUCAUCUACAUGCUAAUUUUGUUAGCUUUUAAUACUUGUUUCUUAUCGCAACCAAUUAAGGUUCAAUUUUUAAUCGAUGUGUCAAGUAUUCUUUCAUAGUUUUGAGUUUUCACUUCUGUCAGCAACAGUCUCAACUUCUAACUGACUUUUUUU